AUGACGAAGGACAACCGUUUGAGACAGCUACUGCACGGAAUCCGUCUAAGGGAUAACGAGCUACAUACUCCCACACAGCUGCUCAGCUAUAUAAGGAGUCAGGCUUCUAGCCUGAACUUGAGCAAAACCGUGCUACGCAUCUGUUGGAUGCAAGCACUGCCAGAUUACGUCACGACUUUCCUUAGAGUGUUCGCGAAUGAGGCUACCUUGGACAAACUAGUAAAAGCAGCCGGCAGUAUUUGCGUACACACACCGUCGGCUCCACAAGUCAUCCGCAUACCUCCAGACUCAGGGAAUAACGCAUGGAAGGACGCAAAUGAUCAAGUAAAUCAGCGUUUGGACGAGCUAAUGACCCAAGAAGCUGCGUCUAAAUUUUCCGGCGAUCGGUCGCGUUCUAUCUCUUAA